UCAGCAUUUCAAAUCUAGAUCAAUUGCAGGCUGCAGUAAUGCCCCCAGAGUUGAAGACCGAGGUGAACAUCACCCCCAAGGUUAUCCAGGGGGACCUACAGAGCCUACCUCCAGAAGUGAAAGAGUUCAUUGAAAGUCAUGCCAAGCUGUGCCAGCCUGAGAGCAUUCAUAUCUGCGAUGGUUCUGAAGAAGAAAACCAAAAAAUAUUGGACAUCAUGGUGGAACAAGGCAUGAUCAAGAAGCUGAGCAAGUAUGAGAACUGCUGGUUGGCUCUCACUGAUCCAAGAGAUGUGGCAAGAAUUGAGAGCAAAACUGUCAUUAUCACACAAGAGCAGAGAGAUACAAUUCCAAUCCCUAAAGCUGGCCCUAGUCAGCUGGGCCGCUGGAUGUCAGAGGAAGAUUUUGAGAAAGCCUUCAAUAUCAGAUUCCCAGGUUGCAUGCAAGGACGUACUAUGUAUGUCAUCCCCUUUAGCAUGGGGCCUAUUGGGUCUCCUUUGUCCAAGAUUGGAAUUGAACUGACGGAUUCACCAUAUGUAGUGGCCAGCAUGAGGAUCAUGACACGAAUGGGAACAGCUGCUUUGAAAGCUCUGGGCAAUGGGGAGUUUGUAAAAUGCCUUCACUCAGUUGGAUGCCCUCUGCCACUAAAAGAACCGCUAAUCAACAACUGGCCGUGCAACCCCGAGUUAACGCUGAUUGCUCAUCUCCCCGAUCGCAGAGAGAUCAUCUCGUUUGGCAGCGGCUAAGGAGGAAACUCCUUACUGGGGGAAAAGGGCUUUGCUCUCAGAAUUGCCAGCAGAAUCGCCAAGGAAGAAGGCUGGUUAGCUGAGCACAUGCUGAUCCUGGGCAUUACAAAUCCAGAGGGUGAAAAGAAGUAUUUCGCUGCAGCAUUCCCUAGUGCAUGUGGAAAGACAAACUUGGCCAUGAUGAACCCAAGCCUGCCAGGAUGGAAGAUCGAGUGCGUGGGGGAUGACAUUGCCUGGAUGAAGUUUGAUGAACAAGGCAAUUUAAGGGCAAUAAAUCCAGAAAAUGGCUUUUUUGGUGUUGCUCCUGGAACUUCAAUCAAAACAAACCCCAACGCCAUUAAAACCAUAUUCAAAAACACCAUCUUUACCAAUGUAGCCGAAACCAGCGAUGGAGGUGUCUACUGGGAAGGCAUGGAUGAGCCAUUACCAGCAGGAGUGACCCUGACUUCCUGGAAGAACAAGGACUGGACUCCAGAUAACGGGGAACCUUGUGCUCAUCCCAACUCACGAUUCUGCACCCCAGCCGGGCAGUGCCCCAUCAUAGACCCUGCAUGGGAGUCACCAGAAGGGGUGCCCAUCGAAGCCAUCAUAUUUGGAGGCCGCAGACCUACAGGUGUGCCUCUGGUGUAUGAGGCCUUUAACUGGCAGCAUGGGGUAUUUAUAGGAGCAGCUAUGAGAUCUGAAGCAACAGCAGCUGCAGAGCACAAAGGCAAAAUAAUUAUGCAUGAUCCCUUUGCCAUGAGACCUUUCUUUGGCUAUAAUUUUGGCAAAUACUUAGCCCACUGGCUCAGCAUGGCACAUCGCCCAGCUGCAAAGCUACCAAAGAUCUUCCACGUCAACUGGUUCCGGAAAGACAACCAAGGGAAAUUCCUGUGGCCUGGCUUCGGAGAGAAUUCCCGCGUGCUGGAGUGGAUGUUCAACAGAAUCCAAGGGAAGGCCUCUGCCAAGCCAAGUGCCAUAGGGUACAUCCCUGCUGACAGCGCUUUGAACCUGAAGGGUCUAGAAGGGGUCAGCUUAACUGAACUGUUUGAGGUCCCCAAAGAGUUCUGGGAAAAGGAGGUGGAAGAAAUCAAGCAAUACUUUGAGGGGCAGGUUAAUGCUGACCUUCCCUAUGAAAUAGAAGGAGAGGUGCUUGCCUUGGAGAAGAGGAUAAAGCAGUUGUAGUUGAUCGGAACACACUUAUUUAUGAAUCCACACAGGCCAAAACAGGCCAAAA